CUCCUCCUGUCUUAACCCUCCGCAGAAGAAGCGAGACACCCAGACCUGAACGAGUCGAAUCGUCGCGAUGGCAUCUCGUCUCGUUGCGGCGGCGGCGGCCUCCUCCUCCUCCUCCUCUCCCCUCGCCCGCCUCGUCUCCCGCCGCCGCCUCGCCGGUGCCGCAGACGGCCAUGGGUCUGCGAAGGUGCCGAUGUGGAAAGACCCGUUGAGCCCGAGCAAGUGGAAGGAAGAGCACUUUGUGCUCGCCAGCUUGGCCAUGUGGGGUGGUCUUAUUUAUGGUGGUUACAAGUUUUUCGCUGGUGGGAAGAAGGAAGAAAAGCCAGAGGCGGCCCCAGCACAGGCGGCAUAGAUGGCUGCAAGAGAGUUGAACCACCUUUCUGCGGCCAUGCAACUAUGUUAAAUAAAAAAGAAAUGUUAUUUUUUGCUUUUCAAAGUUGUUGACGAUGAAUUGUGGCAACCAGAGAUUUUGAUUUAUGUAGGCAAAGAUUUGGAGAAGCUACACUUACUCUCGGUCACCAUGAAUAAUGUUGCAGCAGUGUAACUUCAUGUUAGCAUGGUAGCGGACACUGCAUAUGUACUUGUUUGUCGUGAUUGAUUAUUGAUGUUUUAAGUUGUGUUGCCACCUACAUUUUUAUCUUA